UAACCUACAAAAUUAUUUUAAUUUAAAUAUUCUACCCGCGCAGACAUGUAUUCGUCGACUAUUUGACCAGAAAUAUUCACGGGACAUUAUUAACGUGAAUUAAAAGUCAGUAAAACACGUGUUUUGUGAUAUUUUAAGUGAUCAAGUUGCGAACGCUAGUCCUUAGUUGCGGUGUUUUUCUUUCUCGUAUUUAUUGAUCACAAUGUCGCGCGACAGACAGACCCGUCGAUUCUACCGCGCCGAUUCGACCCACGACCUGCAGUCCUUCCUGGACAGGGGACAGGCGGCCAGCGAUGAGAACCGGUGGACCUUCGAAACUGCAUGGGAGGCUGCUAACAAAGUUGGCGGGAUCUACACUGUGAUCAGAUCGAAGGCCUACGUGUCCACCGAGGAAAUGGGAGAGAAUUACUGUUUGCUCGGGCCAUACAAAGAACAGUGCGCGCGCACGGAAGUGGAGGAGGCUGAUUUCCCGCCAAAUUCGCCUUUGACGACAGCCGUCAAUGCCUUGAGGGGUCAGGGAUACAAGGUCGUCACAGGGACUUGGUUAGUGGAUGGCAACCCUCAAAUCAUUCUGUUCGACAUCGGCUCAGCUGCGUGGCAACUGGACGGCUUCAAGCAAGAGCUGUGGGACACCACAUCAGUGGGCAUCCCGCAUUUAGACGUGGAGGCCAACGAUGCUGUAAUUUUGGGCUUUAUGGUCGCUCAGUUUAUCUCCGAGUUCCGCAAAGCAGCGGAAAGCUACAGUGAUACGCCACCGCGAGUGGUCGCGCAUUUCCACGAAUGGCAGGCGGGCGUCGGCCUCAUAAUGCUCAGAGUCCGCCACGUAGAUGUCGCCACUGUAUUCACAACUCACGCCACCCUGCUUGGCAGAUAUUUGUGUGCUGGCAACACAGAUUUCUACAACAAUCUCGAUAAGUUCUCAGUCGACGAAGAAGCGGGAAAGAGACAGAUAUACCAUCGCUAUUGCAUGGAGAGGGCGGCAGCACAUAUGACCCACAUAUUUACUACUGUGUCUGAUAUUACAGGAUACGAGGCUGAACACCUUCUGAAACGCAAGCCGGACAUAAUAACACCAAACGGCCUCAACGUGAAGAAAUUCUCAGCUUUACACGAGUUCCAGAACUUACACGCAUUGGCCAAGGAGAAAAUUAACGAGUUUGCCAGGGGACACUUCUAUGGCCAUUUCAACUUCGACCUGGACAAGACACUGUACUUCUUCAUCGCCGGUCGUUAUGAGUUCGGUAACAAGGGAGCUGAUAUAUUUAUAGAAGCUUUGGCGAGAUUGAAUCAUUAUUUAAAGUCGUCCGGCUCAGAAAUGACAGUAGUCGCAUUCCUCAUCUUUCCCGCCAAAACCAACAACUUCAACGUGGAGAGUCUCCGGGGCCACGCGGUCACCAAGUCUCUGAGGGACACCAUACAUGAUAUACAGCAGAAAAUUGGCAAGAGAAUGUAUGACAUUUGUCUUAGAGGUCAUCUCCCAGAAGCUUCAGAUCUGCUUCACAAAGACGACACAGUUCGCCUCAAGCGCUGUAUAUACGCGCUACAGAGGGAUGGGUUGCCGCCAGUGACCACACACAAUGUCGUGGAUGACUGGAAUGAUCCAGUUUUGAAUGGAGUCAGGAGAUGCCAAUUGUUCAACACUGUUAAUGAUAAAGUUAAAGUGAUAUUCCACCCCGAGUUCCUGACAUCGACGAACCCCCUGUUCGGGCUGGACUACGAGGAGUUCGUGCGCGGCUGCCACCUGGGCGUGUUCCCGUCGUACUACGAGCCCUGGGGCUACACGCCCGCCGAGUGCACCGUCAUGGGGAUACCCAGCGUCACCACCAACCUCUCCGGUUUCGGCUGCUUCAUGCAGGAACACAUAGCUGAUCCUAUGUCCUACGGUAUAUACGUAGUGGACCGCAGGUAUAUAUCAUUGGAGGGAUCUGUGCAACAGUUGGCUCAAUAUAUGUUCGAUUUUACCAAAUUGUCGCGGCGCCAGCGCAUCAUUCAGCGGAACAGAACCGAGAGGCUAUCAGACCUGAUGGAUUGGCGCAACUUGGGAAUUUACUACCGCCAAGCUCGUGCGCAGGCGCUCAAAACCGUGUACCCCGACUAUGUGGACCUCCAGGACCUGGAGUUGGCAAAGAAGUUCAGCUAUCCGAGGCCCAUAUCCGAGCCGCCGAGCCCCACUCACUCUAUACGCUCGAAUCGACUCACCAUCUCAUACAUAAAAGAUUGCAAGCCAACCAGAGACGAGGAAGUCCAAACGGACAUAGUUCAGAGAAAAAACCUACUAAACAUACAGAAGUCUCUGGAAAUCCUCCAAAUAAGCGAUAUGCCAACUGAAGACGAUUUAGAAGUGACAUUUGAGAAAAAUUUCGACGAAGACAACUUUGAGACGCCCAGCGAGUUUUUGGUGUUGAACGAAGAGGUGGUGGGACAAAUUGAUGAGAUUAUAUCCAAACUCGGCGAUUGCAGAAACGAGUAACUUUUAAGAGGAGGUACAACCCCAGCUGCGUCUGUACACGGCUCUGAUGAUGAAGACGAGGUGGACGAGGAGAAGGAGCUGGCCGAACUCAGGAUCUCCUAAGUAAUGUAUUGUAGUAGUGCCUAAUGCCUAGUCCACGCGAGGUUAGCAGCUUGUGCUUAGUAUUGUAAUUGUACUGAAUCGAAGUAGUUAAGACAACUGAGACAACUGUGUUUCAUGAUAAUCUACUAUGUUUCAAGUGAAUGUAUAUAAUUCAUUCAUUUGAGUUAGUGAUGGGAAGUUAGAUUAUGUUAAAUUCUUUAUCUUUAACGAUUUUUGUGACAAUAUUCAAGCCACGAAUAGGUACGCUAGGGCACAUUUGACGCGCAACGUAUCGCUCUUUCCUUUUCAUUAUAAUUUGCAUGAGUGAGAUAGACUAUGUGCUAUUUCACUCGUCUAGUCGGUGGUAAUGCUUGAGAUAGAGUGAUAUUUUGCGCGUCGAAUGUGUCGCCUAGUUCACAUAAACACACAUAAAUUGCAUUUCUGAAGUUACUCUCCCAUUGAGUUCAUAAUGAAAUUCAAAAACGCAUAAUCUUCAAUAUAUUUUUACAUUUUUUUCAAAAUUUUCCGCAUUUGGCCAAUAUAAUAUAUAUUACACAAUUGAUAUUUAAGGAAAUUUAAUAAUAAAAAUAAUAAUUUAACAAUAAUAAUGUAUUUAAAGUUGUCUGACCUUGCCUCUAACCUCGUGUCAUCAUCAUCAUCAUAUCGAGUGUGUUAUUGCUAUCACUGGUGUCAGAUUUUAUUCAAGUCGCCUGAAGGCACCUGACAUGACUUUUUACGAUUACUUACCGCCAUCUAGUGGCAGGUAGUCGCAUACACGCUAGUGAGCUAAACUGUCCACCAGUGUGCAGGUUUCCUCACGAUGUUUUCCUUCACCGGAAGCGAGUGGUGGUCGAUGAAAACUACUAUAUAUGAGUCAGAUUGGUAUACAAACUCGUGUGGCACGAGUAGGAUACGAACCUGAGACCUUUCGAUCCCACAGGCGGCUUAACCAUUACACCACUACCGCUUCGUGUGAACUUGGCAUUAGGAGCGGGAGUCACUUUCUAUACUACAUAUUCUCUAAGUUUACGAAUUUCAACAAAAAAUGGCAAAUAGUUUUUUUUAUUAUUUCAAUACUAAGACAUAAUAAAUCAUACAGCAAUCAUACAAUCUAAUAAUGAAAACAGCAUGAAAAUCGGUGCAGUAGUUUUUGAGUUUGUCGCGUUCAUACAUAACAAACGUGUCAGAGAAAUUAAUUUAUAUUUAUAUAAGGAUAAGUGAGUAGUUAUUUCCGUUAUAAAAAUAUUUGUUGCCAUUUUUGUUGAAAUAAGUACAUAUAUAAGUAGUUUUAAAUUUGAUUUAUAUAUUAAGUCCUUCACUGCCUCAUUAUAAAAUGAUAGUUCCUUAUAAUAAGCUGUUACGCUUAAACGAAUUUAUUUACUUCGAAAUAAGUAUAAAUAUAUAUAUAUAUCUGAUAUUUUGGGGUGUAGUAUAAAAUUAUAUAUAUUACAUAAUAUAUGUUUUACAUUGAACAUUUUGUAAUGUUAAUAGUAUUUUGUGUAUUUUAUUUGAAAAUAUUUUACGGUAUAGAAACAAGGAAAUACAAAAUAUAUUUCGAAUUUUUUAUAAGAAUAUUUGAAAAGAAAAAUAUAUUUUUUUUUUAGAUAUUGCUAAAAACCCAAUUAUAUUUUUUUAGCACUUUUAGUUUAAAAAUAUAUAUUUAUUUAGAAAGUACAUCAAAUUGUGUUAGGUACUUAUAUGUUUUUCAAAAACGACAUCACAAAUAAUUUGUUACGAAAUUUAUUGUUAAUUAUAUGUCAAAAAAUUUUAAAAGAUUUUGUAUAGAUUUUAAAGAAAUUCUUGUAAAAAUUUUUGUAAAGAAAUUCUUUGUAAAACCAGAUUAUAGUAUCAUAUUAAAAAGUUGUUACAAAUAUUUAAUUCCUUUUUAAGUAUGUUUUAUUUGGCUUUUAUCUAGAGACAGAUUUAUUUAUAUAAAAAUCAUCAUAAUUAAUUUAAAUUAUUGUAGGAUUUUUUAAAUGGAUGUAUUAAAUGUAUUAGUGACUUUAUACUGCUUGUUACUCAUAAUGCAAUUUUAAAAAACAAAGGUUAUUAAAUUUCUCACAUUUUAUUAUAUAUAUUUUUUAUUACAAAUUCAAAUUCAAAAUUCUUUAUUCAAUUUAGGAUGAUAUACAUCACUUUUUGACGUCAAAAAAUUACUUAAACUAAGUCUACUGCCGGCUUCCAAAGCGCAGGUGAAGAAGAAGCGGCGCAACAAACUUCACCGCAGCCUUUUCUCCAAGGACGUCAAUUAGCAAAUAUAUGUCUUAUACAUAUAUUAAAAAUUAGGAGGACGAAUUUACAUCAUUAUUAAAAAUGUCAAAAUUUGAAUGAAUAAAUAAAAUAAAUAAAAGUUGUAUUUCCAAUAAAAUUAUUGAAAAUUGUCACAGACAAAAAUAAUUAUAAAUAAAAUGACAUGAGAAGUGGUCUUUAGUAUAACAUAUAUCUUCCAUGUUUUUAAAUCAUAAUAUCAAUUUCAUAUAAGUCUGUACACGAGUAAUUAAGUUAUUUUAGUAUAAGAAAAAUAAUUAUUAUUAAUAACCAGGUUAAAAUAAAUUCCUUUUAUAUAUAACAUAAAAUACUCGGUUGUUAUAUUAUCAUCUUAAUGAAGAAAAUAAAAUACGUUAAAUUCAAUUAAAUAUAUUUUUAAAUCUGGCUUUGCUCUGUAGCGUGUUACUGCCAAAAUUGAAAUUAAGGUUAAAGUUGUUUUUGAAUAUGGAAGCAAUUCUUUUAUUCUAGUUACGUUAAGUUGAAGUAGUACACGUUAUUUGAAUUAUAUAAAAUAGCUAGGUAGAUUUUUGUUCUAAUAUAGUUUUGGAAUUAAGGAAUAAUGAGAUUGUAUUCAAUGUUUUGUAUGUGCCAUAAUCAGGACUUGUUAUUUAGUGAUUUAGAAAUAAAUUGUGUUAUAUUUA